CCCCCAAAGGACCGUACAUAAUGGUAAAACAAACCCCUCCGCUUCCCAAGACCUGAUGAUCCAUCAAAACUAACCUCACACCUCUCCCACCAAUAGAUCGAAGAACCCCUCCCCUCCCCCUACCCAUCAUUCACAGCCUCGUACUCCAUCCCGUUCUCCCGACUACACCUACUCUGCAUCAUGGAAUCCCUACGCCAAGACCCUGACGGUUUCUCCGGCCUCGGCGAAGACGGUGUGUGGCGCAACUUCGAUAAAAACGGCGCCGUCCUGAGCUAUCGAGUCCUGAAUUCAAAGGAGGUUGCGGGAUUUCUGGAUAUGUUUCCUCGGAAGACGCGAGAGCAUGGCAAGGAUGUUAUGGAUGAUAUCGAGCAGUUGAUGUUGAUUUCGCCGCCCAGUCGUAUUAUUGGGGGUCUUGAGAUUAAUGCGUAUCAAGGAGGGGGUUAUGAGGGAGAGUGACAGGCACCUUAUCAUGCUAGUUACUCGUUGAUCUAUGGCGAGCUUUAUCGAUUGCAUGUAACGAAUU